AUGCUCAUAGCGGUGCCUGCAUGUGGUAGGACCCUCCAGGGCUCCGCGCUGCUUUACUCCCUCAGUGUGUUGUGCAGAGAUCUACCGCCUUUGUUGCCACUGGGCACGGGUUCCCUGGAAAGCAGGUUCCCACGCCGGGCCGCUUCGGCCCCGCCCCUGCGGCGUGAGGGCGAGCGCCAUCCUGUGUCCCUCUUUCUGAUUGGCUACGGGACGUGCCUGCGGGCGGUCUUCCGAGCCUUGAUUGGCUAUGGGCGAAGGGGCCAGAAGUCUGGUCGGCUCUUCGCGGGAAGGUUGCUAAUGCAAUCCCAGCCCUGCGGGCUGUGUUCUUUCAGAAAGUUGUGAUCAACUCCAAAAUACAGACCUUUUUUAGCAUGCUUCACCUGUACAACUGAUAGACAGUCGAAGAAAAAAAAGACAACAGAAAAGCUCUAUAAAUUUUCAAUUGACAUUAGGCGGAUUCAUAGAUUAAGAGGCUGGGUGUGUUCAGUGGAUAAAUCCUAUGUUGAAGAAACUGCAACUACUUAACAAGAACUAAGCGCUGAUGAGACUGCCAUAGCCAGUAUUUUGGAAUGCUGCCCCAAAAUAAUUGUCUGUAGUCCAACUGCUGUUAAUACCAGAAAACUCUGACAGUUGGUCUGCAAAAAUGAGGAAGAGUUAAUCAAAUUAAUAGAGCAGUUCAGUUCUUUUAGGAGCUGACUCAAGAAUAUGGUCAUCAGAAGAAUUUUUACAACUUCAUCUAAUAUUUUUCAUAAUCUUGUUAAGGAUAAGCAAAUGAUAACAAUUCUCCAAGAGUUAUCUAAAUGUAGGUGGCUCUGGGGCAACAUAGAAGUUUGGCUACUAAAAUGAUUAAGCGCAUUAAAUUCUCCUGCAGCCAUAAAGGAAACACUAGAAUUUCUCUAGGAGCAAAGUUUCUCAACCUUUGAAAUUCAACUUCUGUCCAAACUCAAAAGAUGUCUUUUUCAACUUUGUCCAAGAAGUACAAAGAACAGUAUUCCCUGCUCUAAAAAUGUUUUUAAAAGCACAGAUUAUGACCUUAGACAAUUAGUUUUAAAACAUCUUGCCCUUUUAUAUUAUUCUGUUCCAGUUUUAGAAAACAGAAUUAGAGAAAGAAUUUCCAUAGCUCAGGUAAGAGCGACCCCAGUGGUUGCUGCAUUAAUGCCACAGACAGUACAGUACAGUAUAAGGCUGAAUUCCUUAGGCUAUUUUUCCACGGACAGGGUGUUGGCAAAUCUAAAUGGAUCCAAAAAAAAAGUGGAAGUUAAUUUUGGUAAAAUUCAAGCCAAAAAAGGAAGACUAUUAUCUAACACUGUGGCACCACUAAAUAUUGAAGAGUGA